UUCAAGGUUCGCUGCGCUGUCGUGGGACAGCGUGCGGCAGAGGUUGGGGUUGUGGUGGAGCACGAGCGAAACUAACAGUCGACGCGCCACGGUCUGUGUGGUAAGGCAAUGGCUGGCGUGUUUGACCUAGAGAUUGAAGGGUCGAGCGACGCAGAAUUCGAAGAGGAAAACGGGGAUGACAUAUUUGACUACAGCAGCUGCAUCAAUGACCUAGAUCUCGGCUGCUGUGAGGAAAUUGAAAUCUCUGAAACCUGUGUCAACAAGGGGACAGAGAAGAUUGGACCAGAAUGCUUUGAGCUUUUACGAGUGCUUGGGAAAGGAGGAUAUGGAAAGGCCAAGAUAAUUCGGAAUGCCAAGGACACUGCACACACCAAGGCUGAACGGAACAUCCUAGAAGCAGUUAAGCAUCCGUUCAUUGUGGACCUGAUAUACGCCUUCCAGACUGGUGACAAACUCUAUCUCAUCCUGGAGUGUCUCAGUGGGGGAGAGCUUUUCAUGCAGCUAGAACGAGAAGGCAUUUUCAUGGAAGACACUGCAUGCUUCUAUCUUGGGGAGAUCACACUUGCCCUGGGACACCUACAUUCACAGGGCAUUAUCUACAGGGACCUGAAGCCUGAGAACAUCAUGCUGAAUUACCAAGGACACAUAAAACUGACAGACUUUGGGCUGUGCAAAGAAUCAAUCCAUGAUGGAGCAGUUACGCAUACCUUCUGUGGGACAAUUGAGUACAUGGCUCCAGAGAUCCUGAUGCACAGUGGCCACAACCGUGCAGUGGACUGGUGGAGUCUUGGUGCAUUGAUGUAUGAUAUGCUGACGGGAUCGCCACCCUUCACUGCUGAAAACAGAAAGAAGACCAUUGAUAAGAUCUUAAAGUGCAAACUUAAUCUGCCUCCUUACUUGACUCAGGAUGCCAGAGACCUCAUUAAGAAGCUGCUGAAGAAAAGUCCUGCUCAGAGAAUUGGAGGAGGAAUAGCUGAUGCCUUAGAUGUGCAGAAACACCAUUUUUUCAGACAAAUCAAUUGGGAAGAUUUACUUGCCCGAAGAGUUGAGCCCCCAUUUAAGCCAUGUCUGCAGUCAGAUGAUGAUGUUAGUCAGUUUGACACCAGGUUUACCCGCCAGACCCCAGUGGACAGCCCAGAUGAUGCAACUUUAAGUGAGAGUGCCAACCAGGCCUUUUUGGGUUUCACCUAUGUAGCUCCUUCUGUGUUGGAGAGUCUUAAAGAAGGUUUCUCUUUUGAACCUAAAAUUCGAUCUCCUCGUCGUCUCAACAGCAGCCCCAGGACCCCUAUAAGCCCUCCAUUUGCACCACUUGAGCCUUUCAAAGCCAGCUCAGACAAGAUGGACACAACACCAACACCGGACCCUACAGUAUCGAUACCGAUCCAAACACCAGCUCGGAAGAAGAAGAAAGGCCAUAACAUUGGAAUGGGUCGAACAGGACGAUAGAAAUUAAUCAUUUUGAUUUUCUGUUUAAUAAGAAAACAUUAAAAAUGCACAUAGAUGCUGGCUAGGGUGGAAGUUGGCAAUCAUGGUGGAAGUCUAGCUUGGAGACAGCUUGUGUGCUGACAGUGAUGUUUCCAAACUUGGAAGCAUAGUUUAACCCUCAGUUAUGCUGCUGUGUUUAUAAUGUACAACAAAUGUACAGUUUAUAUACAUGUAUAUUUUUAAAACAAAAGGUAGAUGCUAUUCAGAUAGUGAAUGCGGUGCAGUACUCCUAGUUUAAUAGAAGAAAUGUGUGUACAUAUAAAAACAAGAGCUAUGAGUUGCCAGAAGAGUACACAUGCCAGAGCUUUAUCCCCAAGAAACUGACUGCAUGCAUUAAUUAAUUUACAGUCAUGAAGGUCUAAGCAGACAUAAAAACAUAAAAUUCACUGAAUACUGAGAAAUGGAAGAACAACCUUUACAAACCAAACCAUCCAAAACCUCCAUUUAAACUGUUAGGAAAAAACAACCAGGAGUAAGUUUAGCACUUUCAUUCCUUUACUUCCAGAACUUCAUCAGACAUAAAGACAUAAUUUAUAGUAGAUGUAUUUCUGUUUUACACGACGCUGCCUAAAAUUGUUUAAUGAGGGACUUUGCUGUUUGGGAUGAAAGUUUUUUUUUAUUUUUUGUUUGCUUUUCAUAAAAUGUUAGCCAGGAAGGCUUAUCAGACUUGUUAAUGAUAGAUUGAGCUCUUGGAGAUGAAAGUUUUUUUUCCCAACAAAAUUGGAAAUAGGCAUCUCAGAUUUCAUUCUGAUGGUUGUUCACCAGUCCACUGAAGUACCUGAUUGGCCUUUAAACUUAUCAGUAUUAUGGUACAAAAGUGCAGCCUGUACCUCAGGUAAACUAAUGUUAUAUUUUCAGUACCUUUAAAUAUAAAAUUUGCUGCACUGUUCAUGCAAACUUCCUAACAGCUGUCAUGAUAAGAGAAGCAUAUCGGUUAUGAUUAUAGAGUCAUAGAGAACUUGGAGCCAUUCGUUUUCAUAGAAAAGAUUAACUGAAGGCAAUCUACCUCGUGUUCAUCUUACAUUUGCUUGUUCAUUCCAAGUAUAUGACUGGUGUUUUAGUUAUUUUUGCUGAAAUAAUUUGCCUCAAAGUCAUAUAUGACAAAUUGAGUAUUUCUGGCAAGCCAUCACUAAAGUUGUAAUAGCUUCUUAUGAAAGUGGCCUUAAUAUGUUGUACAGGCAAUUGCCUGGAGUGCGUAAACUUAUGCUUAGGAAUCGUGUCUGAAAAGAAUUAAGAAAGGUGAGCCUCUGCUCCGGAAGAAACGGUUCUAAAGCUUGUAUGUGGUGCAUACCUUGUCAACUCGUAGAGCAAGAAAUCUGGACAAAGGCACAAAUAAUAAAGGGACAAAAACCCAAAAAUAAGGGCACUUUAUAAAUAUUGCAGGAAUUUUUCUGAAGGAUGUGAAGUCUGAA